AUGGCAAUAAUCACAGAGGAACCAGAAAUACAACCUCAAAAUGACCAAGAACCAACAGAGGAACCAACUUCACCUUCUAAAGAUCCAAAACGAAAGCCAAAACCAAAGCCAAAGACACAAACAAAACCACAAACACAAACACAAACACAAACACGCACACAAAACAACCCUUUUGUUUUCUGGUUCUAUUUCACUAUCUCAGUCUCGCUUAUCACUCUUUUAGCUAUUGGUUUGUCCUCUCUUUCUUCAAAUCCAGACCCCAAAACUUUCUUUCUUUCCCUAUCUACUCCUCUACGCCAACACUACUCAAAAGGGCGUACAAUUAAAGUUCAAUUGGCACAAAACCAGCCAUCAAGUGAGGUUUUUGUAUUAGAGAGUGGUAAAAAAGAUUCUGUGAGUGAAAAAGUUGUGAUUGUUCAUGGGUUGGGUCUAAGUUCAUUUUCGUUUAGGAAAGUUUUAGACUUUUUGGGUUUAAAAGGGGUUCAUGGGGUUGUGUUUGAUUUGCCUGGAAAUGGGUUUUCUGAUAAGUUUGUGGAAGCUAUUGAAGAGAGAGGAACUGGGGUUUUCGAGAGGUUUAAGGAUGCCUAUGCUCUCAUUAAAGAAAAGGGUAUCUUUUGGGUUUUUGAUAACAUGGUUGAAACUGGGCAGAUUCCCUAUGAGGAUAUUAUGUCCCAUUACAAUGAAAAAAGGAGUGUUGCUAGGCCUAUUGUGUUGGGUAGUGAGGAGAUGGGCAGGGUUUUAGGGCAAGUGAUUGAGACAUUGGGGUUAGCUCCUGUGCAUUUGGUUUUGCAUGAUUCAAGUUUAGGAAUGGUGGCAAAUUGGGUGUUGAAGAAUUCAGGAUCGGUUAGAAGUGUGACUCUUGUUGAUACAGGGUUGAGACCAGCUUUGCCAUUGUGUGCUUUGGAAGUGCCAGUGGUCAGAGAGGUUGUUUUGGGGAAUGUGUUGCUCAAGGGGGUGGGUGGUUCGGACGUGGAGGCUCAUAGAAUGAUGUUGAAUGGGAGGGAUGGGGGGAGAGCUAUUGUGGCUACCGGAAAGAAAUUGAAUUCAAGUUUUGAUAUUGCAGAAUGGGGUCGUUUGGAUGGGAUAAAGGGAAUCCCAGUGCAGGUGAUUUGGUCUGGUGGUUGGUCAAAAGAAUGGAGCGAGGAGGGACGUAAGGUAGCUGAUGCGCUUCCACAGGCUAAAUUCGUCACUCACUCUGGUGGGCGGUGGCCUCAGGAAAACGCUGCUGAUGAGCUAGCUGAGAAUGUUGUUAAAUUUGUUUCCUCCUUGCCAAAAUCAGUUAGGCAAGCUGACGAAGAACCGAUCCCGGAGCAUAUACAGAAAAUGCUCGAUGAAGCAAAGGAUGAUCAUCAUCACCACCAUCACCAUGGUCAUGGUGGUCACGGCCCUCAUGAUGGUCAUGCGCAUAUUCAUGGAGCUGGUUACAUGGAUGCAUAUGGGCUUGGUCAUGGAUGGGGCAGUUGA